CCCGCACGUGACGCGACUCGAGCCGAGAUCCCACUCCAUCACCGGUGGCGUCGGCGCGGCGCGACACGCGAUCCCCAUCUCGCCGCCGGCGGCGAUCCACGGCCGCCGACUCCGAUGGCGCUGCCGUCGAGCGGCUCCGCGACGGCGCGGAUGCUGACCGUGCCGGCGCUCCUCCUCCUCCUCUCCUCGGCCGCGCUCCUCGUCUUCCUCAUCCUCCCUUCCCUCUCCCCCUCCCCCGCCGCCCACCUCUGCGCCUGCUCGCCCCCGACCACCACGCACACCACCACCACCGUCACCACGACGACGACCACCGCCUCCCCGGCCCCCGUCACCACCUCCCCCGCCGACGUCGCCUGGCUCAAGGCUCAGCUCGCCUCCAACUCCCUCCCUCUCCUCGCCUCCCACGACGCCUUUCACCGUCUCCGCAAGGGCAUCAACCCGCGUACCCGCGAGCAGCAGCUCUUCGACAUCAACAGGCACCAUGGGAUCUCGCAUUACCCGGAUGAAGAGGCGGCUAACCGCACUGCUCUGCCUUGCCCCGGGGAGCUCCUGGUUGAAGAGCACCACAGUAACUAUGGCGAGCCAUGGGCCGGUGGCCGUGACGUCUUCGAAUUCCUUGCUAACGCCUCUGCGCUCACACCUAGAGACCAAGUUCUUGAAAUUGGGUGUGGGACUCUCCGUGUCGGUCUGCACUUCAUUCGGUUUCUGGAGGCUGCCAAGUUCCAUUGUCUGGAGCGGGACGAGCUGUCCCUCAUGGCUGCGCUUCGCUAUGAACUUCCGGCGCAGGGGCUGUUGUACAAGCGGCCAAUGAUCGUGAGAGGGGAAGAUAUGGAUUUCAGCAGGUUUGGGGAUACGGUUAUGUAUGAUCUUAUUUAUGCAAGUGCGGUUUUCCUUCAUAUUCCGGAUAAACUUGUUUGGACUGGGCUCGAAAGACUUGCUGGGAAGCUAAGGCCACAGAGAGGCAGGAUUUUUGUGUCACAUAACAUUAAGUUCUGCUCAAGAUUGGGUGGUGACAAAUGCACACAGCGGCUUGCAGAAUUGGGGCUUGAAUAUGUGGGAAAACACACUCAUGAUAGCUUGCUAUUUAACCAUUAUGAGAUAUGGUUUGAAUUCCGAAGGCCAAAGGUUUAAGUCUUGAUGGUUGGAAGAUAGGUUGUUGUGGCAUCUGUUUUGCAGUUUUGUUGGUGUGAAGUGCGGAACAAGCUACUGGCUUGCCAAUGAACUUUGACCCGAGAUCAAGAUAAUUGUUUGAUGGGUACUGAGCUCGCUUGGACUGUACACAAAAAUCAUGAUGAAAAUGUCCAAUCAUUCUUGAGCCUUCUGAAUUACAUCUGGUGAGUGGUGAUUCAAGGCUGUAGUUUUCAUUAGAACCAAUGAUUGGAUGUAAUGUAAUGUUGCUAAUUUUUUGUAAGAGAUGUUUUGGUAGCAGAAGUAGUUAUACAUGUUUUAGAGCACAGUAUGCCUACAAAGUUCAAACUAGAAUUGUAUCACCACACAAGGAUUAGUAAUCUGUUACAUGGAUAACUCUGUUAUGCUAUACUAUCAAGGAUUACGCUUUCCUGCAAUAUGGGUGUCCUGGUAAAUUCUUUGACGUGUUACAAUGAAUCAUACUCUGUCCGUCCUAAAAAUAAUC